AUGGUGAAAAAUAUGAAUGGGCAAAUUGGUGUGAAUUCAAAUGGACAAAAAGGAAAAUGGAUUGCGAAGGGAGAGCCUUAUGAAGAGCACGAAGAAGUAUUGAUGCAACGACGUGAAAAUGAAAUUACUCACUCAGGACACGAUGACGAUAUAACGCUGUCAGAAGAAGAAGAAAACAUCGCCAUGGAAGAACUUUUCAUAGAAGUUCCAGAAAGGGCGAUCAAAACAACAUUGUGGUAA